AUGGCGUGGAUCGGGGACGCGGACCCCUUCACCGCGGCCAUCCCCGCGACCAAAGUAGAGCUUAGCGUGUCGUGUCGGAAUCUUCUGGACAGAGACACGUUCUCCAAAUCUGAUCCCAUCUGCAUCCUCUACACUCAGGGCAUCGCCAACAGAGAGUGGAGAGAGUUCGGUCGCACUGAGGUCAUAGACAACACGCUGAACCCAGACUUCGUUCGAAAAUUCAUCUUGGAUUAUUUCUUUGAGGAACGACAGAAUCUGCGCUUUGACCUGUACGAUCUGGACUGUAAGAGCGACAACCUCUCCAAACAUGACUUCCUGGGACAGGCCUGCUGUACUCUGGGGGAGAUCGUGGGCUCUGCAGGGAGUCGACUGGAGAAACCUCUCAUGGGGAUUCCAGGGAGAAAGUGUGGAACUGUGAUCGUGAGAGCGGAGGAGCUCAGCAACUGCAGGGAGUCGGUGAUGCUGCAGUUCUGUGGAAACAAACUGGACAAGAAAGACUUCUUUGGGAAAUCUGAUCCUUUCCUGGUCUUCUUCAGGAGCAACGAGGACGGAUCUUUCACCAUCUGCCAUAAGACGGAAGUGGUGAAGAACACUCUGGACCCAGUGUGGCAGGCCUUCAAGAUCCCAGUGAGAGCGCUGUGUAAUGGGGACUACGACAGGAGCAUCAAAGUGGAGGUGUACGACUGGGACCGAGACGGAGGACAUGACUUCAUUGGAGAGUUCAGUACGAGUUACAGAGAGAUGUGUCGCAGCCAGUCGCAGUUCCACGUGUACGAGGUACUGAACCCCAAAAAAAAAGGAAAGAAAAAGAAGAAAUAUCAGAACUCUGGGACGGUGACGCUGUUGUCCUGUCUGGUGGAUUCCGAGCUGUCGUUCCUGGAUUACAUCAGAGGAGGGACUCAGAUCAACUUCACUGUGGCCAUUGACUUCACUGCCUCCAAUGGUAACCCCUCCCAGCCCACCUCUCUCCACUACAUGAGUCCGUAUCAGCUGAAUGACUACGCUCUGGCGCUGAAGGCCGUGGGGGAGAUAAUCCAGGACUACGACUCUGAUAAACUGUUCCCAGCGCUCGGCUUUGGCGCCAAACUGCCUCCGGACGGACGAGUGUCGCACGAGUUCCCCCUGAAUGGAAACCCCCACAACCCGUACUGCAGUGGAAUCGAGGGCGUCCUGGAGGCGUACUACCAGAGCCUGAAGACGGUGCGGCUCUAUGGGCCCACGCACUUCUCCCCGGUCAUCAACCAUGUGGCCAGAUACGCCUCUGCGGUGACGGACGGGUCGCAGUACUUCAUCCUCCUCAUCCUCUCAGACGGAGUCAUCACCGACAUGGCCCAGACCAAGGAGAGCAUCGUCAAUGCGGCAUCUCUGCCCAUGUCCAUCAUCAUCGUGGGAGUGGGACCGGCAGAGUUUGACGAGAUGAUCGAGCUGGACGGAGACGAAGAAAGGAUUUCAUCUCAGGGACGAGCGGCCGAGCGCGACAUCGUUCAGGUCGGUAUUUUCAGAAGCAGCUUUAAAAUCGACCCCUCAAUCUCUGCCUCCUCUUUCCUCAACCCCUCUCCCUCUUCCCCCCUCCCUCCUCUCUCUCCCUCCUCUCUCCUCCCUCCUCUCCUCAAACUCUCUUCCUCCCCCCUCUCCCCCACCCUCUCUCCUCCUCUUUCCUCACCCUCUCACCCUCUUCUCCCCCUCUCCCGCCCCUCUCUCUCCUCACCUUUCUCCCUCCCUCCUCAUCCUCUCCCUCUCUUCUCACCCUCUCUCUCUCUCCUCAUCCUCUCCCUCUCUCCUCACACCCCCUCCCUCUCUCCUCAUCCUCUCUCUCUCUCCUCACCCUCUCCCUUUCUCCUCACCCUCUCCCUCCUCACCCUCUUCCUUUCUCCUCACCCUCUUCCUCCUCACCCUCUUCUCUCUCUGUCCCUUCCCCCCUUCCUUCUCUCUCCUCCCUCCUCUCCUCACAUUCUCUCCCUCCCCCCCUCUCCCCCACCCUCUCUCCUCCUCUUUCCUCACCCUCUCUCCCUCCUCUCCCCCUCUCCCGCCCCUCUCUCCUCACGUUUCUCCCUCCCUCCUCACCCUCUCUCUCCUCACCCUCUUCCUUUCUCCUCACCCUCUCUCUCUCUCUCCUCACCCUCUCCCUUUCUCCUCACCCUCUUCCUUUCUCCUCACCCUCUUCCUUUCUCCUCACCCUCUCUCUCUCUCCUCACCCUCUCCCUCUUCUCCCCACAGUUCGUCCCGUUCAGAGACUAUGUUGAUCGCCGGGGGAACCACGUCCUGAGCAUGGCGCGCCUCGCCAAAGAGGUCCUGGCCGAGAUCCCGGACCAGUUCCUGUCCUACAUGAGGACCAGAGGGAUCAAACCCGGUUCUCAGGGUCCGACCUACGCAUCUCUGUCCCCCCUGUCCCCUCUGUCCCCUCUGUCCCCCCUGUCCCCCCUGUCCCCCCUCCCCCACAGCCACUCCCUCACCCUGGGUCGCACGCCUCACUCCCGGGGCCUCGUCCACACGCUGCCCGGGUCACACGCGCCCACACAGCCCUUCAUGGCCAGGAGAGUGAGCCGGAUCUGA